AUGCUUAUAGUGCCUGCGAUACUCAAACCGACGAGGUUUCGCAAGAUACACCGAUACGUGUUGCUACUAGCCGUGCUGACGACGGUGUACGUGCUGUGGCCGGUGCAGCAGAUCGAGCGGUUGUCAGACAACCUGAGUGUGAAGCAGAAGAACGACUAUAUCGAUUCGAUCUUGAACCCAGACUCGGAGGCGUUGUACAACCCGGACUCGGGCCCGCUCAAGGCGGAAUUCAAUCCGGACGCAGACAGCUUGGACUUCCCGACGGUGAUCAACCGGGCAAACCUGAACAAGGCGCUCAACAAGAUGAACAUGAAGCCGCUGGAGGACGGCCAGCAGGAGAUAAUGGCCGAGAAGAUUAGCGUGCUGUCGGACGUGGUCACGAAAAGAGACUUCACGCCGUUGGAGUCGCUCGAUGCGUUUGUCGGCAACCUCGACACAGACAAAGCGACCGACUACUACAGCGACUUGACCUGCGACGCGAUUGCGUACAAGCCGGCCAGCAAGGAGCGGAUCAUCGAGUAUACAGAGCCGAUUCCGCUUGAGGACGACAUGGUUGAGAUCCGCAGAUGGCUCCUGAAUUCCCACUACGCCGAGGUACUCAAAGCGGUUCACCCCGCCGACGACGAGGGGAUGCUGGUGUCCGACAUGUCCCACUGGUACAAGAAAUCGGGCUCUUCCGUGUGGCUUCCAGACGAGCAGCUGCACCUGGUGGCGUCGACGGUUCUCUAUGCGCCGCACGGAAAGGCGGAGCCGCUGGCGUCGUUCAUUCGGCUCCAGUUGUUUGACACCGAGUGGAAGGAGGUCAAAGGCCGCAGAGUCCGCUAUUCGGAGCUCUCCGAGUCAGAGGUCGACGACGUUUUGAGAGAGUACUCCAGGAGCAAGGAGGACCGCCACUUGGACAGAAUAUCGUUCCGGUUCCCCUCGAUCUUGAGUAUCCCCAUUGACGUCAAGCCCGGCAAGGGCACCCUUGGUCCCGAGAGCCCACGCGUGCUCUACAAGGACGGCGAGUACCACUCCGAGCCGGUUAUCAUCUUCAACAUGCUUUCCGGCGAUAAGACGAACAUGUUCUCCGUCUUUCCCUUCAGACCACCCCAGGGGCCAAACCUUCUGCACCCGGUUGUGAAGUUCAAGAACUUCGGUAGCAACACACUCAAGACCCUCAAGUCCGACAAAAACUGGAUCCCCUUCUUUGACGGCCUCAAGAUCGGCGACUCAAAGACAUCCAAGGGCAGCAUGUAUUUUGCCUACACACUCUAUCCGUUGGUCAUCUUCAAGUGCUCUUUGGACACCGGGAAGUGCUCCAAGGUGCAGGACAACAUGGGCUUCUCCAAGCAUGCGGGGGAAAGUCUUGCCAACCUCCGUGGCGGCACGUCCUUUGCCCCGGUCCCAAGACAGAUAAUCCAGACAUUGAACGACGGAGACUAUCAAAAACGGCUUCAGAUGUGGGUCGGGUUUCCGAAGUUCCUAAUCAAGGCUGGCCGUUGCGGCGACAUCCAGAGACCGACACUGACCCUCCUCAUCAAGGAGGACGGUGUUUUCCGCUUGGAACUUAUGACGGGGCCGCUCGAGUUCGGCUUGGCGCCGGCAAGAGAGUGCUCCCCCUCCGGCGAGCCGUCCAUCAUCUCCGCCCACGGCAUCUCCUUCUGGGACGUCGCCGCCACAGGCGUGCAGGAAAGCGAUGGCACCAUCCCUUACUAUAACGACUACAUGGGUCUCAUUGUCGGCGAGUCCGACGCCAAGAUCGAGCUUGUGGUUCUGAAAAACGUCCUCAACUACGCCAUGGGCGUCUACUCCCACGGCAAGUACAUGUUUGGCGAGUACGAUCUCGAGGGCGGCGUCGCUCCAAGAACAGAGAAGGUUUGCGAGUGUGUACUGGCCAGCAGUAUGACCUACGCUUUUUCUCUUGAGGACAAAAGCAGCAGGGUCCUCGACAAGAGCAUCGAGAACUGA